AUGACCAAAUCAGAAGCUGUCACGGAUUAUGUGGCAAGCCCAACCGCCUCUGGCCACUCGUCCGAUGACGAGCACCAGACGAGCAGCAUCAAGACGAUUCCUCCCAGAAAUACAGUCGUCACUCACUUUACUCACGAAAUUCGCCCAACUUUGUUUGCCGAGUUACAACUGCUGAUACUCACAUUUUGCACGGGCAUUCAAGACGCCACGACCUUUCCCGACUACCACUGCUUCGCUUCCAACCAGACCGGCAAUACUGUGUUCCUGUGCUUGGCAAUCGUCUUUCCCCAGUUCAAUGGCGACAUGUUUAUCACUCCCAACAUCGGCAUGGCUCUGGGUGUCUUCCUCGGCGCCGGCUGGCUUACCGGACAGCUCAGCCACAUUGUCGGCCCUCGCAAGCGCUGGUGGCUCAUCCUCUGCAACCUGAUCCAAACCGCGCUCGUGUUCGCUGCCGCCGCGGUACAAUACAAGUUUGGUGUCAAGGAGCGUGGCCCAUCUGCUCUCGCCGUCAUUGGCCUGCUGGCCAGCGCUUCGGGCAGCCAGGUCGUCCAGUCCCGCAGUCUCGCCAUGACGGAAAUCAGCACCGCCAUGGCAACAGCCGCAUGGGUCGACUUGAUGAUUGACCAGAAGCUCUUUGUUAUCAAAAACCGCCCUCGCACGCGCCGAGUGGCUUUUCUCGUCGCCCUCGUCGCUGGUUGCCUGAUCGGUGCCCUAAUCUACAAAGAGGUUGGGUCUGCGACUGCCAUUGCUGUUUCCGGCGCUGGAAAACUUAUCGUCACGCUCAUGUAUCUUUUUACGAAUGCGGAAAAGGAGCAAGAAGACACUUCAUUGGCCUGA